AUGGCACCGGAAGCAAUAACAGAGACAAUGCAAGUCCCUAGGAGAGCUUACGUGACGUUUUUGGCCGGGAAUGGUGACUACGUGAAAGGAGUGGUCGGUUUGGCCAAGGGCCUGAGGAAGGCCAAGUCAGCCUACCCUCUCGUGGUCGCCAUUUUGCCUGACGUGCCCCAGGAGCACCGUCGGAUCCUUGAAUCUCAGGGAUGUAUUGUCCGUGAGAUCGAGCCGGUGAACCCUCCGGAGAACCAGACUCAGUAUGCUAUGGCAUACUACGUCAUCAACUACUCUAAACUCCGUAUUUGGGAGUUCGUGGAGUAUGACAAGAUGAUCUACUUGGACGGUGAUAUACAAGUGUUUGAAAAUAUUGAUCACCUCUUUGAUCACUGUCUGGAUGGGUACUUUUAUGCUGUGAUGGAUUGCUUUUGUGAGAAGACAUCGAGCAAUUCUCCUCAGUAUACUAUUGGGUACUGCCAACAGUGCCCUCAAAAGGUGCAGUGGCCGGCUGAGAUGGGCUCGCCUCCCCCACUCUACUUCAAUGCGGGCAUGUUCGUCUAUGAGCCUAACCUUUUGACUUACCAUGAUCUCUUAGAGACUCUCCAAGUGACCCCUCCCACUUCAUUUGCUGAGCAGGACUUGCUUAACAUGUAUUUCAGGGAUAUAUAUAAACCUAUCCCUUCCAUGUACAACCUUGUCUUAGCCAUGCUGUGGCGUCACCCCGAAAAUGUGGACAUUGAGAACGUGAGGGUUGUCCACUAUUGUGCUGCGGGGGCAAAGCCUUGGAGGUACACAGGGGAGGAAGAAAACAUGGAGAGGGAAGACAUCAGGAUGCUGGUUAAGAAAUGGUGGGAUAUUUAUGAUGACGAGUCUUUGGAUUACAAGAAUUCCGCGUCUAACUUUAUAGCUAACCCUCUAAUAUUCAAGGCGUUAUCGGAGGCUGGUGUGGUUGACCAGAAUAAUGCUCCAUCGGCUGCUUAA